GAGAUUUGAUUUUGGAAGUAAAAACGACAAAUCUUUUUGAAAAAUUCGAGACUGGAAACAUUUGCACAGAUAUUCAAAUGUGUUUUAUCAGUGGCCAAUAAAUAGUUCAAGAAAUAUAUUACAAGCCCGAUCUAAAAAAAAUAGAACUAUUGAAAUCGGAAGAUUUGACCUUGACCAUUUUACUGGCGCUGGUCAGCCGAAACCCCGAAUCAUCCAUAACGGCGGACGUUUAUCUGACUAGCUAGACUGGGUUGAAAAUCGGUUGGAUGAUGAACGAGUUGACACUUCUAAUUCCAGUCCUGUUCUCAGUUCCCCUGCAGACAGUAGCAGUGGGGGCCCUCGGUCUCGCACUCAUGAAUUCCAACUGGCUGUCGGGGGGAAUAGUUUUGAAACAGGGACUGUGGGAGAAGUGCUAUCGGGAGAACAGUUACAGCGGGGCGGAUGGAAGUAAAAGUGGAGACGACAGUUCGAACUUGUGUUUCGAUCUGCCACCGCAUGACUGGGUGACGCUGUGUCGCUUGAUGGGUGUGUUGGGCUCAUUGGCGGCCACUCUGGGCUUGUUGUUCAUGCUGUGCUUGUUCGUGGGCUGUGUGGUCAAUAGACACAGACAGAUGCGCAAGAGAGUGGCCAUGUCAUCUGUCAUUGCAAUACUCGCACAGGUGGUGCUCACUCUGUUGACACUCAGUGUGUACUGGAGCAAGAGCUCAGACAUGGACCCUGGAGUGGGACUGAUUGAAGCGACAGUGUCCAUCGCUUUCAGCACCUUCUCUCUUCUAGGACUCGCUCUCUAUCUGCUGAGGCUGAACAGAUUCUUCGAGGCACAGGAGAGGAAGAGACUCACUAAAGACCAAGCUGACAAUUACGAAUAGACCAGUCAACAUGGUCCGAAAAAAAAACGGAAAUCGUUUUCGGGGAAAAUGAACUGCAAUAAAAAAGAUCAAAUCAAUGCAAAAUUUCUACCUUCUGGAUAAAAAAUUGCGAACAUUUUCGAGAAAAUGUAUAGCUAUGGCUGUGAUGCGACAUAUUUAUAAACUAAAACGAAGAUAAUUGGGAAAUGAAAAACUUUGAUGAACUGCAAAAAAUAUCGAAGUUAAAUAAUGAUAUGAUUCGCCGCGCUAUGUAUCUUGAAGAAGAAAAUGCUUAAAGCUAGGUCAUGUUACUGUGCUAAAUUUUGUACUUCUUCGCAAAAAUGGUCUAUCCUUUUCAAUUGAUCACUAUAAGCCGAAGCCAGCUUCUUGCAUGAUUUUGUAAAAGAAUUUUUGAAUCAUUUAUUGUUGCUGUUUUAUGAUAUCCUUGAGUUCUUGAAAAAUUAAAUCACGUGCAGUUUUUUGUUUCAGCUAUUCCAUCCAUAUUUUGUAGUUUCAAACAAAAAUGAGUCAAUAAAUUAGUUAGAAAAUAAAAAGUGUAUUAGAGCCAAUUUUUGCAAAGUUUUAAUAUCACAAUUUACUGUUUUUGAUAUGA